CUUUGCAGAGGCUCACAUACAGUGAAUGCUGACAGCUAUUGCAUAUAUAAGUUCACUAUCUGAAUACCUAAGAAGAGUUCAUUUCAGAGAUCCUCUUGGAGAAGACGUUCAUUUCAAUGAGAAAGGAGAAUUGUCCUCAUUCUAUUUUAUCCUAAAUUAUGCAAGUCUCAUCAAUGGAAUAUUGACCCAAAAAGUUGUUGGAUAUUUCAAUACAUCAGCCCAGGAAGGAAAUCAACUGGAGUUUAAUAACGAAAAAAUCGUUUGGAAAAAUUCUGAUAUCCCAGUAUCUACCUGCUCUGAACAGUGUCCUCCAGGUUAUAAGAGAACCAUAAAGCCAGGAAUACACAAAUGCUGCUUUGAAUGUUUGAAAUGCUCAAAGGGAGAAAUAACCAAUGAAACAGACAGUGUUUCAUGCCUAAAAUGUCCUGAAGAUCAAUGGCCAAAUGACAUGAAUGAGUGUGUACCAAAACCUAUAGAAUUUCUGUCUUACAAAAAUGACCCCACAGUUUUCAUAGUCUCCAUUAUUUCAGUGUUAUGUUUUGUCAAAACAUCUACGAUCUUGGGAAUCUUCAUUCUAUUUAGAGACACUCCGGUGGUCAGAGCAAAUAAUCAAACCCUGAGCUUCAUUCUCCUGGUUUCCAUCAUGUUGAGUUUCCUCUGUGUAUUUUUGUUCCUGGGUCGCCCUACACAUGUCACCUGUAUGCUCCGUCAGACUUCAUUCGGGAUCAUCUUCUCAGUAGCUAUCUCUUCUAUUCUGGCUAAAACCAUCAUGGUCUACAUGGCCUUCAAAGCCACCAAACCUGGAAGUUCCUGGAGGAAAUUUAUUGGUGUGAAAAUUACAAACUGUGUUGUCUUCUUCUGUUCAUUUCUUCAAGUCCUAAUAAGUAUCAUUUGGUUAUCUACAUCUUCUCCAUUCCCAGAAAAGAACACUCACUUAUACCAAGACAAGAUAAUAUUCCAGUGUAAUGAAGGGUCCAUGCUGGCCUUCUCCAUACUCCUGGGCUAUAUGGGACUACUUGCAGCUGUUAGUUUCAUUGUUGCUUUUUUGGCCAGAAAUUUACCAGAUCGUUUUAAUGAAGCUAAAAACAUCACGUUCAGCAUGCUGGUUGUCUGCAGUGUCUGGGUGGCUUUUAUCCCCUCCUAUAUGAGUGUUACUGGGAAGAAUACAGUUCUUGUAGAGAUAUUUGCUGUAAUAUCAUCAAGUGUUGGUAUUUUGGGCUGCAUAUUCUUCCCUAAAUGUUAUAUUAUACUGGUGAGACCAGAAUUAAAUUCAAAAAGUGGUUUAUCAAGGCAAAAAGCAUUAUAAAUUAUUGACCUAUAAGAUGUAUGUAUAUGUAAAUAAUAUGUGGGCAAACACAUGCCUUUUUAUUAUAUAUGGCUCCUAAAAUUAAAGGGGUUCUCCACUGCCUUAACCUACUUUUGGCAGUUAGUUAGCUCUUUGGCUAA